GCUGCGCGACCACUGGUGUCUCUUUGCGAUGUCGAGGUACGUAUGCCAAAGUUGCCCUAUAUCGAUAUUAAUCCACCCACUCUGCAUGCUUCCGCUACGGUGCACGCGUUCGAGCGUGCACUACCACUUGCACAGUGAUAGCUCGAAUGAGAAUGUGGUUUGUAGUCGAUGUAUGGGUGGCGGUGAGUACAAACGCAGACAAAUGAACGAGCUGACCGCCUGCACAGGGAGUGGCGCCGUGCAGUACAAUGUGCUCGUCGACCGCGAGCAUGCAGGGCAAACGACCUGCGUGUAGACAUGGCUGAUGGGUGGUUGGUGGGUAGGCAGGUGAGCCGUCGGAUGGCGGAUGAGCAGGUGGAGGAGUGGGGAAGUUGACAAGUGG